AAGUGGCUGUCAAGUCCGUUCUGCGCAUGUUCGCACAUUCCUUUCUGUGGGCCCACAGAAAGGAAUUUUAAUCGAAUUAUAUCCCUAUACGCAUGCGCAUUUAGUCAGGAGCAAGCUGACACAAAACACAUGCGUUCAACAUGGAGGACUCCGAAAGCUCUUCACGCGUUAGUGCCGAAAGCUCUGCGAAUUUUAGCCUCCCAAGCAGCGAAGAUGCAAAGACUAAACGCAAGGAUUACAUCGCUAAACGAGAUUCGACGAAAGUAGCUCUUUACGAGCAAUUUCAGCGUUGGCGAUCUCUAAAAGAAGAGCUGGACUUGAAGACAGACAAACAACUGGCUGAAAUGCUUUUAGAUAAUUACGAAAAAGGUGCCCGUAUUUCGAGUGACGCGGAGACACAGACAAACAUUGAAAGCAGAGCUGCGGAUUUGUCAGCAAUGCCUAUGGCCAUUAGCCCAAUUUCAUCAUCGACCCCGCUUAUUCAUACAAGGAGGCAUUCAUCUUUACCUCCCGUCGCUACUAAACGGAGACGUCUGUUACUCGGGUCUACAGACGCACUAAGGACACAAACUGUAGAUGAAGAAGAAACACUGUCAGCUAUUGAUUCUGAUGAUAGUGAAUUGGAGGACAAUAGUCAAAUAUCAUUGGAACAUCCAAUGGUUGGAAUUGAUGACAUUGAUAAGGUUUCCUUGGAAGAAGAGGUAUUAGAUACCACAAUCAAUGGUCACAGUGAUGAUGAUGCUGAUGAUGAUGAUGAUUGUGAUGAUGGUGAUGAUGAUGGCACUGAAAAAGCCCCAAAAAAUAGCAAACAAAGUUUUGUUCGUCAUAUACCAUCCACUGAUGUUCCAAAACUAGAGUUAUGCUUGGCAUCAACCACAAUAAUUUUGGAACUACUGAAGACACUGCAUGGUCCUGUUUGUACAAGAGUUGGAUGUAGUCGUCCAUUGAAUUUCAGGAAUUCAUUUGUUGGAACAUGCCUAGUUGUUAAUUGGGGUUGUUCUGCUGGCCACUUUGGUGGGAGAUGGGCUGCCCAACCAACUUGUGAAGGUGUUCGUGCUGGAAAUUUGCUUUUGGCAUCUGCAAUACCUCUUUCUGGCAAUUCAUAUACCAAGAUCGGAUUUCUUUUCCAAGUCAUGAAUGUACAGUUUAUAUCCAAAAACUUGUACAACCAAUACCAGAAUUUAUAUAUAGCUCCAGCAGUUAACAGCUAUUGGGAGGAAUUAAAGAAUUCGUGUUGGGCAGAGCGUGAAAAUAAGGAUAUUGUUCUCAGUUCAGAUGGGCGUAAUGAUUCACCUGGACAUUGUGCACAGUAUUGCACUUACACCUUUGCAGAAAUGGAUUCCAAGUGCAUUUUAGAUAUCAACUUUGUUGAGGUGAGAGAAGUGGAGGGUAGGAAAAGUCCAAACAUGGAAAGAAUUGGAUUUGAAAGAGGGCUUGACAAUCUAUUAAAAUCAACAAUGAUUAUUAAAGAGGUUGUUACUGAUGGCCAUUUGGAAAUUGGUGCAUUAAUGAAAAAUGCUGCAAAGUAUAAAGACAUUGUGCAUCAAAGAGAUGUUUGGCAUGGUGCUAAAAUAAUUGGGAAAAAAGUUAUUUCUGCUGCCAAUGAAAAAGGAAAUGAAGAUCUUUCUUUGUGGAUUGCGUCUGUGAGAAACCACUUUUGGUAUUCCAGUCGCAAUUGUGGUAGCAAUGUUGAUAAUUUGAAAGAUAUAUGGAUAGGCAUUCUCCAUCAUGUUGUUGAUGAACAUGAAUGGGCAUUGAAAGAUGGCAUAGCAGAUGGGAAAUGUGGCCAUGGUGAUCUAAGAGAAGAGGAAAGAGCAAAACCAUGGCUGACAAAGGACUCUUCAUCGCAUAAAGCUUUGAGAAGCAUUGUGCUGAACAAGCGACUAUUGAAUGAAAUGUCAUAUUACACCAGAUUUAGACAUACAGGUUUUCUGGAAUCCUUCCACAACCAUUUGUUGAUGUACUGUGCAAAACGUCAAUCAUAUACCUUAAUUGGAUAUAAGAUGCGAAAUCAACUGGCAGCAAUUGACUUUAAUAAACACAGAACAAGACAAGUUGCAAAGACAUUAGAUGGAAAACCAAGGUUGGUUUUAUUGUACUUCUCUUCAUUAAUGUGACAUGUCAUUCAAGAGAUUUUCUUACAUGUGUUGAAGUUUGGGUUAAACUUUUUGAUUUGCUGUUGUGAAUUAUAAUGUUACCUAUAUUGACAGUUAAUAAAAUAUUAACUCACCUGGUGCUCAAGGCCCUUAUAAUGUUUUGUCUAUUCUACCCAGGUAUUAUGCCACCUUUUGAGAUGAGUUGGAAUGGUAUGAUUUAAUCA